CCUAGAUCCCCCUGGGAUCAAGUGAUCUUCCUGCCUUAGCCUCCACAGUAGCUGGUACUACAGGCCACAGUGUGAACAUAUGAAUAGAAGAAGAAAAUUUCUUCUUGCCUCAGUACUUGCUCUCCAGAAUUCAAGUUUUAUAUAUCCAUCAUGUCAGAAGUGCUUAUCGAGGUUAAUCGUAGUCUCCAAAAGGUCUAAUUGCCCAAAAUGUGGCUCCACUGGUGAAUCUGGAAAUGCCAAUUACAGAUACAAACUUUCUUUAAAAGUUGCAGAAUCAAACAAAUUGUAUGUUAUUACUGUAUUUGGAAGUUGCUUAGAUACAUUUUUUGGUCUUACUGCCACUGGUUUGCACAGGUACAUUCAGGAUCCUAAUACAAUUCCAGAAACACUGGACAAUGCUACAACUCAGGAUCUAUUAACUAAAGCAGUUGAAACUUGCUUUGUUGGACAAAGCUUUAUUUUUGGAGUGACGAAUUUUGAAAACCAGUCUGGACAAGGUUCAGAGGACAAUAACUACUUACAGCAAUGCUCUGUCUACAAAAGAAAACCCAAAGCACUAGUCGCUUGUCAGAUCGUUCUACCAGACCCAGACGUUGCAGGCUUUACUGUCUUUGACUACUUCUAUCAACUUUUGCAGACUUUUAAUUUCAGGAAACUUCAUUGUGACUCUCAGGCACCUAAUAGUAACUUACUUGCUUUAGAUCACUCAAGUAGUGAUCUCAGCAGCAUACAUACUCCUGACAGCACUUCUUAUUUUUUCAAGUCCUGCAGCAAGGAUACUUGUUCAAAAUUCUGGCCGCCAUCACUUGAAUUCAGUUCCAUUGUUUCACAGCUAACAGAUGAUGAUUUUUCAGCUUCAGAACAAGAUAAGGCCUUUGGUACUCUUCGCCAGAACAGAAAAUCCAUCUCCGUUGCAGAGGCCGCUGGUUUCAAUAGCUGCCAUGAUCCUAUUCAGGAUUCAUGGAGCCUUGUUUCAUAUAUGGAUAAAAAGAGUACAGCAGAAAAGUUGGGUCAAGAACUUGGCUUACAAGCUAAGGAGCUGAGUACAGUUCACAGCAGUCAUCAUGAAACUGGAGUUAAUGACUCUUUGAAAAUGCAAGAGCCCCUUGAGUCAAGUAAUGCAGAUUCCUUCCACAGUACAGUGGAAAUUAAAAACAGGUCGCAGCAUGAGCCACCAUGUUUCCAGCAUCAUGGUAUAGAUACUCCCACUAGCCUUCAAAAGAGAUCUGCAUGUUGUUCACCUUCGUUACUCAGACUUGAAGAGACAGCCAGCAGUUCCGAGGAUUGUGACCCUGAAAUAUGGGAUGAUCUACCAUUCUCUGAAAGUCUGAACAAGUUUCUGGCAGUUCUUGAAAGUGAGAUUGCUAUAACCCAGGCAGAUGUCAGUAGUAGGAAACAUCAUGUAGAUAAUGACAUCGAUAAAUUUCAUGCAGACCACAGCAUGUUAUCUGUGACUCCCCAGAGAACUACUGGAGCCCUGCAUACACCACCUAUAGUUUUAAGAUCAUCCCAAGCAAUAGUCAAAGCAAACUCUGGCAAAGAUAACUUUUUUUUCAACUGUAAAGUAAAUCUAAGUCCCAGUGUUGAAAAGGAGUCACAACCAGAUAACAAAGUAGAGGCUGUCUCUGUAAAUCAUAAUGGAAGAGGUAUGUCAGAAUAUUUUCUACCAAAACUGUCAGCUCUGUUUUCAUCUUCAGAAGAUUUAGAAUCAACAGUUACUCUUAAGACUAUAAGAAUCUCACCACACAGUGAUGAAAUUCUACUUAGGCCCAUUACUUCAGAGAGUGACCAUUCUAGUCUAAAUAAAUACUUGAAUGGACGUGGAGAAAAAUUACUUUCAGAAAUGAAUGAAAAGUUGACAGCUCUGUGUUGUAGGAAGUAUAAUGAUGUGUCUGAUCUUUGCAAAUUAGAAAAUAAACAAUAUUAUAGGUGGCCAAAGAACCAAGAUGACAGUUUUACAAUUUGCAGGAAACUUACAUAUCCUUUAGAAUCUCUUUGCAGUAAUCCAAAUAGAAGUACAAAUACGUUGAAAGACAUCCCUUGUGGACAUAUCACUAACAACUUAACACAGAGCAAUUCAAUUGGCCGUCAAGGUAGCUAUGAUGCCUCUGCUGACCUCUUUGAUGAUAUUGCUAAAGAAAUGGACAUUGCAACAGAGAUUACCAAAAAAUCACAGGAUAGUUUGUUACAGUGGGGAAUGUCUUUGCCAGAAAGUCAUCCUUCAGAGUCUGAUUUUUCACUGAGGUCACUUUCUGAAGACUUCAUCCAACCUUCACAGAAGUUAUCCUUGCAAAACCCAUCUGACUCUAGGCAUUCAAGAACAAGCUCUCCAACACCUCAUUUUCAAUCAGAUUCAGAAUAUAACUUUGAAAAUAGUCAAGACUUUGUUCCGUGUUCACAGUCAACUCCAAUUUCAGGGUUCCACCAAACUAGAAUUCAUGGGAUAAACAGAGCUUUCAAAAAAAUACCUGUAUUUUAUUCGGAUCUUGAUGCUAACUAUGAAAAAAUAAGGAUUAUUCCUGAAAAUGACAAACAGCAAGCCAGCCCAAGCUGUCCAAAAUAUAUAAAAACACCUAGCCAGAAAAUCAGAAGCCCUGUUAUAUCUGGUAUAUCACAAACAGAAGUUUUCAACCACCAUCCUUUAGCUAAGUGCCAUGAAACUGAUAGUGACGAAUGGGUCCCUCCUACCACACAAAAAAUAUUUCCUUCAGAUAUGCUUGGAUUCCAAGUCAUAGGUCUAGGGAAAUCCCUUGCUGCCCAUCAUUUCCCUGAUCAACAAGACUUAGCAAGAAAGAAACUGAAACAUAUUAGACAAGGAACCAAAAGAGGUUUAAUUAAGAAGAAAUUAAAGAAGGUGCUUGCAGCAAUAGUUACCAAAGAGAAUACUCCUAAAUAUAACUAUAAAAGUUCAAGCUGGAUUUCUAAAUGUCCAGACGUUCAAGUCUUAGAAACACCUCAGCUGCACCCUAUUCUUGGACUUAAUUCUUGUUCAGAAGUCAAAUGUUGCCUUCCAUUUUCAGAAAAAGGCUCACCUUCAGUGUGUGAAACUAAAAGUGCUUGGUCGCCUGAAUUGUUUUCAUAAAAAGUCACCUGAACCCAAUUCCUGAACUUUUAGAUCUGUUUGGAAAUGUUUGCCUUUGGUGGUAUGGAAAGCAUUCUUUACAUUUUGAAGACUUGGAGAGAGACAAAUUGAAAAGGGGACUGUGCUGAGUGCUACUGUGCCUUUUAAAAUAUAAUGCCAUUAUUUUCCCCAGGGUUUUAUCUAGUAUGCUAUGAUUACAUAAUUGAGUGCUUUAUUUUAUACUGUUUAUUGUACUUUAAUAAUAUUAAGAUUGUUUUCUGAAAGUAUUAAUAUUUGUUAAAAUCACAUAUACAUCCAGAAAUAAAGCCAUUGCAAAUCAAAACUUAGUCUUUCUUAAUUCAGCUCAGACCAGAAAAUGCCUGCUAUAUUAUAGGCCAGCGAGUGUGCUGAGUUUGGGAUAGAAAGCUACAAGAUCGCUGAUCUCAAAAUAAUUUAAUCUGCUGGAUAAGACAGAUAUAUAAAAAUAAUUUCAGUACAAUGGAGAAAAUGGAAUGAUAUGGGUUUGUAAUGGGCAUGACAAACGUUUACGUUGCUAUGGGAGUAUGGAAGAAAAGCAGUUAACCCAUCGGAGAGCUGAGGGUAAGAAGAAACGUUAAAAAAAAAUUACUAUUUAGAAGUUAUAUGUGAAACUGUUACUAUUUUAUUUAAUAACUAUACAUUGAAUGUCUACUCUACAUGCGAAGCACCAUGCUUAGUGCUGGAAACUGAAGAUAAAAAGCCCCUUCCCUCAAACUCUUGAUCAGUUGGAGUAAUCAGGCAAUUAGAAUCUGGUUAAGUUCUAUGAUAGGAGAUAAGCUCGGGGUGCUAAUAGGAACAAAAAUGAAAAGAAAUUUUCAGACACUCAAGUCUUAGCAACAGCUCUACUGCACCCUGUGAAAUCUUUCACAUAUCCCUGGUCAGGUUCCUUUGCCAUUCCCAACAACAACCAUUCCAAAACAACACUUCCUUCAUGCUGCAAACCAGCUGCCACUCUCCCUGCCUCCUACUUCAUGGAGAAUAUUGAGAUCACCUGAUAUUUUCUCAACUUCCCACUACCAUACCUACCCACAUGUCUGUAUAUGUACUCACCCACAGCUGCUUUCCUCUAGUCAUAGAAAAUGGUACUCACCAUCUAAGUGCUAAUCUUUCCAUUUAGACUAUUGACCUAUCUAUCUUUAGACAAAGAUAGGUGUAAACCUAUCUUUGAACUCUUGUACCAAAUAUUCCACAUAUAUUUUUACCUUCUUGCUCUACUGUAUCUGUUCCUCCCCACAUUUUUUAUUUUGAAAAUUUACAAACAGAAAAGUUGAAAGA